AUGGCCAAGGAGAAGGUGGACUUGGUGUUGGGCGAUCCCGGGGAGAUCCAAAAGCUCCAAGACACUCUCUGCAACGUCCAGUCCGUCCUUCAUGAUGACAAGCAGCGCCGAAUCAAAGACAAGGCCAUCAAGAACUGGCUAAUGGAGCUGAAGGAUGUCAUGUACGACGUCGACGACGUCCUCGACGAGUGGCGGACCGCGGCAGAGAAGUGCACCCCGGGAGAGUCCCCUCCGAAGCGGUUCAAAGGCGACAUACUUUCCAUCUUUGCUGGCUUAAGCGACGAGGUCAAGUUCAGAAAUGCGGUGGGCGUCAAAAUCAAGGAUCUCAACGAUCGGCUGAAAGAGAUCUCGGACCGAGGGUCCAAGUUGCAACUCCAUGUGUCUGCGGCGGAACCAAGGGUGGUUCCUCGAGUUAGUCGCAUAACUUCCCCGGUGAUGGAGUCUGACAUGGUUGGCCGGCGACCGGAGGAGGACGCCAAGGCACUGGUGGAGCAGCUGACAAAGCAAGAUCCGAGUAACAACGUGGUGGUGCUGGCAAUUGUGGGGAUCGGCGGCAUCGGAAAGACCACCUUCGCUCAGAAGGUGUUCAAUGAUGGUAAAAUCAAAGCCAGCUUCCACACCACCAUCUGGGUGUGCGUGUCCCAAGAGUUCAGCGAGACGGAUCUUCUCGGAAAUAUCAUUGAAGGUGCAGGUGGAAAAUAUAAUAGAGAACAGAGCAGGAGUCUGCUGGAGCCCUUGGUGGAGGAUCUCCUGAGAGGGAACAAGUUCUUGCUGGUGUUGGAUGAUGUUUGGGAUGCUCAGAUCUGGGACGACUUGCUCCGCAAUCCUUUGCAGGGAGGAGCAGCAGGGAGCAGGGUCCUGGUGACAACCAGAAACGCAGGGAUCGCGAGGCAAAUGAAGGCGGCCCACGUCCACGAGAUGAAUCUGCUGCCUCCAGAGGAUGGCUGGUCCCUCCUGUGCAAGAAGGCGACGAUGAAUGCAGAGGAGGAAAGGGAUGCCCAAGAUCUCAAGGACACAGGCAUGAAGAUUGUUGAGAAAUGCGGAGGGCUUCCCCUGGACAUCAAGACCAUCGGAGGGGUCCUCUGCACCAGAGGACUCAACAGAAGUGCGUGGGAGGAAGUUCUCCGCAGCGCCGCAUGGUCACGGACCGGGCUUCCCGAAGGUGUGCACGGAGCACUGUAUCUGAGCUACCAAGACUUGCCGUCCCAUCUCAAGCAAUGCUUUCUCUACUGCACCUUGUUCCAAGAAGACUUUGUGUUUCACGGGCCUGAAAUCGUCAGAUUAUGGAUAGCCGAGGGAUUUGUCGAAGCACGAGGAGAUGUCACGUUGGAGGAAACAGGGGAGCAAUAUCAUAGAGAGCUGCUUCAUCGGAGCCUUCUGCAAUCGCGCCCUUACCGUCUAGCCUACGAUGAGUAUUCCAAGAUGCAUGACCUGUUGCGAUCGCUCGGCCAUUUCCUAUCGAGAGAUGAGAGCUUGUUCAUUAGUGACGUGCAAAAUGAGUGGAGAAGGGUGCCGUCCCGAUGAAGCUGCGUCGGUUGUCGAUUGUGAGCACUGAAACCACGGACAUCCAGCAUAUCGUCAGUUCGACCAAGCAACAUGAGUCGAUAAGGACAUUGUUGGUGGAGAGAACAAGUGGCCAUGUGAAGGAUAUAGAUGAUUACUCGAAGAACUUUAUGCGACUUAGAGUCCUACAUCUUAUGCACACAAAAAUCGAGAUUCUACCGCACUACAUCGGAAAUAUGAUACACUUGAGAUUCUUGAAUGUGUCUUGGAGCCAUGUAACGGAGAUUCCAGAAAGCAUAUGCAAUCUGACGAAUUUAUAGUUUUUGAUCCUUUUGGGAUGUACUGAGUUGACACAUAUCCCCAAAGGUAUAAUUAGGCUAGUCAAUCUAAGGACACUCGAUUGUGGACUUACGCACCUGGACAGCUUACCAUGUGGAAUAGGAAGGUUGAAGCUCCUCGAUGAACUCCAAGGAUUCGUGGUGAACACGGCUACUAGUACGUGCCCAUUGGAAGAAUUAGGCAGCCUCCAGGAGCUCAGAUAUCUCUCCAUUUACAAGUUGGAGAGGGCGUGCAUGAAAGCCGAACCAAGAAGGGAUACAAGCGGAUUAAAGGGUAACAAAAAACUGAAACAUCUACAAAUAUAGAUAUAGAUAUACAAACUGAAACAUCUACAAACAUCUACCAAGAAGGGCGUGCAUGGUUGAGUUCACAGUAAGGUUUCCCAGAAUCAAGACAAGACACAAAUGCCUGUGUUGGACUGCUACAAAUAUAGAUAUAGAUUGUCAAGUGUGGGCUUUUCUUGGUGACAAAGUAGGCAUUUGCACCAACCAUGUGAUGAUGACAAUGCUUGCUUGGCAUUUUGCAGGCACUUCACUGCCAACUGCUGUAGGUGGAAGAUAGAGAUAAAAGAGAGAAUAGUGAAGCUCCGCACUCUUGGUAACCUUCGCCUUAUUGGUGAGCUUUUCAAGCAAAAAAUGGUGCCAGAGAAUAUAGUUCAUCAUAUUGUUCAGGAGCUUCUAGGGCAUGAUGGAAAACCAUGCGCUGCUGAGGAAAAUGUUGAGGCAAUCGGCCAGUUAUUGAACACCAUAGGGAAGGAGUUGGAUGAGAGAGUCGUAAAUCUCGUCGCUUUAAUGAUGCCUAUUUCAGCCGGCCGAAAGAGCUAACUACCGAUCCUCAACUUGCGUCACGUCUAAGAUUUAUGGUCCGCGAUGUGCUUGACCUUUGUGCAAACAAUUGGAUCCCUCGGCGUGAAGAGGUAAACUUUGCCCUGGUUCAGUUCAUGUAAUUAGGAUGAAUUAUUCUCAAGAGACUCACAAUUGUUGUUGUAGUUUUCUUGGGAAUUGAUGGCUUCCCGAGGCAGAAAAGAAUCUGGGGCCACGCCCUAGUGCAACUCCAAGCAUGAGAAGUAGCCGUGAUGUUGGUGGUUUAGGAGGUCUUAGUCUUACGGGAUAUCCAUGGAAUUAAACUUAUUUAAAAGAUAAGAUUGAAACUUCUCUCAUGAACGCCUGGGAUGCCUGGUGAUAAGAUUGGUGUAUCUCUUCUUCCUUUUUCUCUUUUCUUUUCUAUCAAUCCUAUCAACAGACGCAAUGCUGGUGGUAUGAUUCCUGGGAUGCCUGGAAUGCCUGGGUUAGACGAUGACCAUUGGGAAGUUCCACAAGCGAAUCUAUGCCCAGGGGUGAUGUUAACCGUGUCCAUGGUCCUUUGAUCACCAUCCAUCACUUUUAAGCUCUUACCACAAGGUUAGUGGUAGCCUGGCAUCUGGUAAGACUAGUGCAUUACUGCAGGGCAGUGGCCCAGUAUCUCGUUCUUCUUGUAUUGUUUCAGGCGUAUCAGAUUCUCCAUCUCAAAACUUAGGGCUCCAGAGACCAGUUGGUCAAGAAGUUAGUGGCAACACAAAUUUAAUCCUAAUGAGCUGCAUAAGAAAACAGUUUCUCUUUUUGAAGAGUAUUUUGACAUCUGCAUUCUAGAUGAAGCACUUCAAUGUGUAGAGGAACUGAAGAGCUCAGAGUACCAUCCAGAGGUUGUCAAGGAAGCCAUCGAUUUAGCUCUAAACAAGGGCUUUUCAUAUCUGGAAGCUGUAGUGAUGUUUUUGGAGAUUUUGCUGAUUAAAAAUGUUUUUACUCCAAGGGAUUUGGGGACAAGUUGUUUGCUCUAUGAUGCGAUGUAAGAUGAUGUUGGCAUUGAUUUGCCAAAAGCACCCACAUAUUUUGAUGGUGUUGAUUUCAAAGGUAGAGGAGGAAAUUCUCACAAAGGUUGAAGAUGCCGGUUUCCAGUCAGCAAUAUUCGAUGCUCUUUUCAGAAUUUUUAAAGCAAGUCCUAAUGGACAGGUAAUAUUGAGUAGACAUGUAGAAGAAGUUAAGGCUUGUUGGAAAUUGUUUACAAUUGUUUAUCUCUAUAUUUUCUAAUCUCUAGUCUCUAGUAUGAUAAAGUUGAGUACCAUUUAUUUUACCUUUUAGGCCUUUUGGUAUCCUAUGUUUUUGUAUGGAUGAGGAACAUAUAGUGCAAGUGGAUUUAUGAGGAACAAUCUAGUUUGUGAGUUGUUCACUGUUGCGAGAUUGUUUGAACCUUUAUUAUUUCUUAAAGAUAACUAAUGCCAAGGCCAUGAGCCAUGAGCCAUGAACAAAAUUUUAUUAGUGCUGCUUCUUAUGGUAUGUCAUUUCUAGAAUGUUCUGUAUUUAUCUUGUUUUCAAUUAUCUUUCAUCCUUGUAAUGGUCAGUUAUACUAUAUUACCUUUGAUCGUUAUGGAUCUGGGAGAUCCUAGUGAAAGAUGAUUAUAAGCUGCUGACCAUCCUAUAUCCUAUUUCCCUUUGAUCUUCUGAGGGUUGAACUAUUAUGCAUGAGUGUUUGUGUGUAUGUGCAUGCAUGUAUGUUGCGUGGUUACAUGUGUGUGCAUGUAUGUGUGCGCGUGCUCUUGCGUGUGUGCAUACAUAUAUGAGUGUGUAUGUGUAUGUGUAUGUGUAUGUGUGCGCGUGCUCUUGUGUGUGCAUGUAUGUGUGCAUUCGUGUGUUUAUGCUUGUGUGUGUGCGCAUGGUCGUAUGUGGUGCUUGCGCAUGUGUGCAUGCAUGCUACCCUACAUGCGAGCGAAGAUUUGGCUACUAUGACCAUUCCUUCGCUCAAACUUCAAGCAGCUAUAUGUGAUGAUUUUUUGUGCAGUGUGUUGCUGAAUGCUUGUGCCAGUUGCAGCAAAAUGGAUAAACUCAUGAAGCUCCAGUUGCUCUUUAAGCUCUUGGCAAAUGAUUGUGAAGGAAGGAAUUGGUUGUUGAAAUUAAUAUUCCCGUUUAGUUUGCUUUACCUUGUCUUGGCAGAUGGUUAUACAAGCGCAGGAAGGAGAUGCAAGUUCAGAUCCAAGAGCUCCAGUUUCAUGCAGAUGGUCAUGCAUGCCUGUCUUAUCAUCACAGUCAUCACCUCUUGUUCUUUUUCUGUAAUUAACUGCAUUUCCAUCAGAUAGGAAUACAGUUUUCUGCCUAAUACUCCAUUGUUUAUAUGAUUUAUGAAGGCAAUCAUCUAUAACCUGUAAUCUUGAGAAGUGUUUCAAUCUAUGCCAAGACAUCAAUGAUUGUCAUGUUGUUUAUUCUCCUGUAUUAGUUCAUGUUGAGUAUUCUGAGACAAAGACUUGGAAUAAUAUCUUUUUACCUUUUUCUUGAUAGGUUGAACCAAAUGCAUGAUCCUACAUGGGCUACUCAUCUUCGAAUGGAAUCAAUGGAUGGGUAAAGAGACUCAUCCUGAUGCAAUCUUCAGCAACUCUUACUAGAUGAUGAUAGUGAGAGAGAUGUAUGGCUUUCUGCUACUUUCCUGAGGCUCUCAUCUUCAUACUAAUAUCCUGCCGCCAUCACAUAUUGGUCUGUAAGUCUGAUGUCUUGUGAUGUUAUGUCUGCACUCAAUGUUGCAGAAACUCCCAAUGUCACACAGAAUCCUAUGUCUAUAUUCUCAAAUCUGCUGUGAUAUAGAUGCCUUCUUAUCAUCAGAAAAAUUCAGCUUGCAAGCCAUGUGAAGAAUUCCCACCAUAAUAGUUUGGGACUGUUCACCGACAUGCAAAAGGACAGUGAUCUGUCUUGUUCCUUCUGUUCUUUCCUGUUCUCUUCUUCUGCUUCUUUGGCACACCGAACACAACUUUACUUCUGUUGAGUGACAUCUUUUGCUGAUCUAUUCUCAUGUGCAGGCUCAUCACCUACUUGUUUUUUACCACCCUCGAAGCAAAGAAGAGGAAGAAAAGAUCUUUAAACCCAUGUGGAGUUCUUGAAACAUGACUACUCGAAGAAGAUGGAAAGAUUCUCUUGUUGUUUUGAGUAUCGAACAACAUAGGCUUGAAAUUGACGUCGGCUUUUGACAGUGUUCUGCUCAGACUUUUCUCUCGGUCUUUCACCAUGUCAGAUUCCCUGGAAUGGGCACUGUUGUAGUGGUCAUGUGGAGUGUGGCUACUGAUAUCAUCAGCCAUGGUGCAGGAGAUCAAGCUCGCCAACUGCCCCAACUCCUGGAAGACCUGCCAUUACACGGCCGAAAUGUGACGGUGAAGCUGAGCAGCGGUGACAAGUCCGGUGAGGAGAGCGUGGAAGUUGACGGCGGGGAACGGCUGAGCCACUCGAAAAAGAGUGGUACUGGUGGCAAAGGAGGGAAGGGUGUCGGCGGCGCAGGCUCUCAAUCUCUCCGGCAGCCACGGUCUCGGAAGAGCGGCUCCACAUCCAUGCGACGGCCAUACGACUCUCUCUGGGGACUUGGUCUGCCUUCCCUCCUGCUUUGCGUUGCUUUAACCUGACUACUUUGGUAUCGCAAGAUCGAUGAAUAAAUGGCGUGAGUGAAUGUGUGAAGCUAUGUUUGAAUCAUAGAGUGUUUGUAUGACUACAUCUAAUCUAUGAUUGUGGAAAUGUCGACGAUGAUGAUUGAAUGCU